GACAACAAAACUUUGCCGUGUCAGAUGUGACUGCAUAAACAGAACUCAGUCACAACGAUCUUCAUCUCCUCUUCCACAGAAGGAUGCCCCAAGAUAUCCCACUUGCCCUGGCAUCAAAACAGUUUUUUGACCCAUCGUCUCUCCUGAACAAUGAAAGAAAUGUAACAAAUGCCACAAAGGAGAUGCUUCAGAGUUCUGUGUUUAGUAUCGUCUUGCCUGCACUUUUCUCCAUUAUCUUUAUCAUCAGCAUUCCUCUCAAUUCCAUCUCCUUGUGGUUCCUCUGCAAGCAUUCAAGGCCUUGUACUCCCACCAUAGUUUUCUGCAUUAAUCUCACAUUGUUGUACAGCAUGAUGCUCCCCUUUCAAAUAGUUUACCAUUCCAAGGGUAACGAUUGGCCCUUUGGGGAUGUUCUGUGCCGAUUUGUCACUGUUUUGACCUAUGGAAACAUGCACUGCUCUGUUUUAACCAUGAUGAGCAUCAGCAUAGAGCGCUAUCUGGGGAUUGUUCAUCCUUUGCACUACCAAGUCAUGAGAUCCAUUAGAACUUCUGUCCUGGCUUGCAUCAUCAUUUGGGUACUUGUCUUACUUCCACUCAUCCCGCUCAUGCAAAAUACUCUGACUUUUCGCUUACGAGGUCUGUCAAUGGUCACCUGCUUUGACGUUUUGCCAAAAGAAAUGUUUCCUGCACUACCGGACUAUAUUAUUUACUUUGGUUCCAUGUUGCUGUUGUUCUUUUUCCUGCCUCUGCUCAUCAUGGGAUUUUGCUACAUCUCCAUAAUUUUAACACUUCUUCACUCCUCUUCCACACAACUUAAAGAAAGUAAGAGGCAGACAGUCUACCUGGUAAUUGUGCUGCUGUUGGUGGUCACUAUUUGUUACCUGCCCCACAUUAUCAUAGCUGUCAUUCAUUAUGUCCUCCUUGCUGAUGAUAAAACAUUUUAUGUAGCAUAUAAAUUAUCCCUUGCAACUGCCGGCUUUAACUGCUGUUUUGAUCCAUUAGUUUACUACUAUGGCUCCAAAGAAUUCCGUCGAAAGAUACAGAAGAAGCUCUGCAGAUGUGCUGUUGUUGGUUUUAGUGAAAAUACCCCUAUUUUUUCGGAGUAUGAUAUGCAAGUAACUCCCAUUCAAAAGACACCGAGGAUAUAAGCCACAUUACUCUGGGAAUUCAUCAGCUUGUCAUAAAUGACAUUAUUAGGAGCCAUUUGCUUUUCAACUUCCACUGAAAAGUUUUCCAAAUGAACAGUGAACAUCAUCCAUAAUGUGAUAUGUAUAAGGGAAACUGAAGUU